AUGGCUUUCAACUCCACACUUGGCACUAGACGGAGGGCUCCAAUAAGAGCAACCUCGCAGGACUAUGCUUCCUCAAUCUUUUCUGAGUCCCAGUCACUGUGGGUGCUUUUCAAUCCAACAGGCCAGCUAGAGCCGGAUGUGUUGUCUCUUUCCACCAACAAUCCUCUUACUACGACGGAAGAGGAGGAGGAAGAGGAGGAGGAGGAAGAUGAAGAGGAGGAGGGAAAUGAAGGGGGAGAGGAAGAAGGACAACAGAAUAGACAAGAAUCAGCAAGCGGGCUCACAAAAGAUGGACAGGACGAGUACGAGGAAGAUGAUGAUUUGGUUGAUGAUCUCACCCUUGCAAACCGAAUUAACGAAUGGCAACGCGCAACGGAGACUGAAGUGUCUGACAAUAUGGCGUCAUGGGACUUGGACGCUGACCUUGUGGAGAAACUACUUGAUAAGUCAAUUUUGAGACAUGUCCCAGACUUUUACGGCGCACAGUACUUUGACCACAUGUCGCAAACCGAGUUUGCUCGCUUUAAGGAAGCAAGUGCCAUGUUAAAAGAGUCACUUACACGGGAUGGAUAUGCAAAGUCCGAUUCCAACUUGUUCACUCGCUUGAUCGAGUUACUACAAUGGCAAAACUUGCUUAAGUCGCAAGGUUCUUUGGUGAACGAUUAUGUUGUGAACACUCUUGCAAGAACAAACUUGCACAAACCAGAGUUUAAGAGCGUCGAAUUUUCGGACACAGCCACGUCUUCUUCUAUGAUCAUGUGUGGUGGUGGAUCGUGGAACGAUUUGUAG